AUGCCCUCUGUGAUGGAGAAGCCGAGCGCGGGCUCCGGGAUCCUGUCCCGCAGCCGGGCCAAGACGGCGCCCAACGGCGGCCAGCCCCACUCGGAGGAUGACAGCAGCGAGGAGGAGCACUCGCACGACAGCAUGAUCCGCGUUGGAACCAAUUACCAGGCCGUAAUUCCGGAGUGCAAGCCUGAGAGCCCUGCGCGCUACAGCAACAAGGAGCUUAAAGGGAUGCUGGUGUGGUCGCCCAACCACUGUGUGUCAGAUGCUAAACUUGACAAGUACAUUGCCAUGGCCAAGGAGAAGCAUGGCUACAACAUCGAGCAGGCACUGGGUAUGCUUCUGUGGCACAAGCAUGACGUGGAAAAGUCGCUAGCGGACCUGGCCAACUUCACUCCGUUCCCUGACGAGUGGACAGUGGAGGACAAGGUGCUGUUUGAACAGGCCUUUGGCUUCCAUGGCAAGUGCUUCCAGCGUAUCCAGCAGAUGCUGCCUGACAAGCUGAUCCCCAGCCUGGUUAAGUAUUACUACUCUUGGAAGAAGACCCGAAGCCGGACCAGCGUGAUGGACAGGCAGGCCCGGCGACUUGGGGGCCGCAAAGACAAAGAAGACAGUGAUGAGCUUGAAGAGGGUCGGGGGACUGUGAGUGAGGGCGAGCCUGAUGCCGGAGACCCCAAGAGAGAGCCUCUGCCCUCGCGGCCCCUGAAUGCCCGCCAAGGCCCCGGGAAGAAGGAGGUCCAGGUGUCCCAGUACCGUCAUCACCCUCUGAGGACCCGGCGGCGCCCACCCAAGGGCAUGUACCUGAGCCCCGAGGGCCUUGCUGCUGUGUCCGGGAGCCCGGACCUUGCUAACCUCACACUUCGAGGCCUUGAUUCCCAGCUCAUCUCUCUCAAACGCCAGGUUCAGAGCAUGAAGCAGACCAAUAGCAGCCUUCGCCAAGCGCUGGAGGGUGGCAUCGAUCCUCUCCGCCCCCCUGAGGCCAACACCAAGUUCAACUCGCGCUGGACCACCGACGAGCAGCUUCUGGCUGUGCAGGCCAUUCGCAGGUACGGCAAAGACUUCGGGGCGGUCGCCGAAGUGAUUGGGAACAAGACCCUGACCCAGGUGAAGACUUUCUUUGUGAGCUACCGACGCCGCUUCAAUCUGGAGGAGGUGCUCCAGGAAUGGGAGGCCGAGCAGGAUGGGGCCCUGGCAGCUCCAGGCCCCGUGGAGGAAGCCAGGAGAGUGGCUCCCUUGCCAGCCCCAGCCCUGGAGGAAGAUGAUGAGGUCCAGAUCAUGUCUGUCUCCACAUCUGCGCCUCGGUCGGUGCCCCCUGCACCACCACCCCCUCCACCUCCCACCUCGCUGUCGCAGCCCCCUCCACUGCUGAGGCCACCCCUGCCCACAGCACCCACUCUGCUUCGUCAGCCGCCCCCAUUACAGCAGGGCCGCUUCCUCCAGCCCCGGCUGGCCCCUAACCAGCCCCCUCCUCCACUCAUCCGCCCUGCUCUGGCUGCCUCCCGCCACAGUGCUCGCUCAGGACCCCAGCCCCCACCCACCCUCAUCGGAGCCCCCCUGGAGCCCCCGGCGCCUUCACUCUGA